UUCGCUUGGUAGUGAGACCUCCCGCUCGCUUGCGGCGAACAUUUUCUUUCGUUACGAGUCGGCGAGACACAUAAGAAGAUGGGGACGACAGCCGCCACGAAGAGAUUCAGGAAAACUCAUACAGCAGUGAUUCUUGGCUGUUUAUUCACUUACGGUUCGAUGGAUGGUGUCCUAUCAGGAACUUUGGAAGAUUUAGGAGAGAUAUACGGAAAGGACGUCGACGGAGUCUCACAAGUUCUAGUCACUAGGAGUGCCGGUAUUCUUGCCGCGCUACGAUGAUUUCUUCCGUAGCCUCUCUCAUAUGCGGAGGCUUCGUCUACAAGUAUGUCAACGUCAAAAUCAUACUCGUCUUGGUCCUUAUAAGCGGUGGGAUUGGUACAGCGAUCGUACCUGAUUUUGCGCCAAACUAUUGGAUAGCGCACGCUGGUCAGUUCGUGACGGGAUUCAGUACCGGCGCCCUGGAAGUCGGAUGCAAUGUUUGGCUCGUCCAGCUGUGGGAAGACGGCGUCGAAACCGUGAUGCAGAGCUACCACGUGAGUUUCGGAGUCGGGGCUUUUGUGGCGCCUCUGUUGACGACACCUUUCUUGGCGAAGCAACAAGAUCUGACAUUUUUCUCAUCUGAAGCGGAGUCAGCAGUAAAUGGAACUUCACAUAUCUCGAUACCUUUCGGCGUUUUCGGGGGACUCUACUCAUUCAUGGGUCUGAUCGUCCUGUUUCUCAUGUUUUUCGAUCGGUCGGUUCUGCGACAAGAACACGAGGAACGAAUAGAGGAGGCGACAGCGCGCUCCGGCUCAAGAUUCGAAUGGACCGUGGUGCUGCUGCUAUACGUUUACAUUUUCAUCGAAAUGAUCUACGAAGGGAUCAUGACUUCAAUGAUGACGUCCUACGUAGUUCACCGAAUGAACAUGACCAAGAAAGACGGCAACUUCCUGCUCUCCGUCUUCUCCGCAUCGUAUACGGCGGGACGGAUCGUGUCAAUGAUACUGUCGACCCGCUUGAAACCAAACUCAAUUCUGAUCAUGGCCCAAAGCAUCACGGUUUUCGGAGCGGGCGUUAUGCUGAUGCUGGUUUCCCCUGUCGGGCAAGUCCAAUUGACGCUGUGGCUCUGCAACGGCAUCAUCGGCUUCGGCCUAUCCUCGCUGUAUCCCACUGCCUUCACUUGGACUAUUCGUUUCGUCGAUUUAAAAUUCAUUCACAUGACAGUCGCUCUCGCCUCUGCGUGCACAGGAGGAAUGUUGCCCGCUUACAUAGUAGCUCCUUAUGUAAUGGGUUCUUCGAUCCAAAUGCCGAUCGUUUGCGCGAUGUGUGCGCUUUCCAUGGCCGGCGUUUCAUAUGCUAUGCUUCGCACUACCAGAAACAGAACACCUCGACUAGAGCAGGAGGACGCGACGCUACUUAUUAUCAACGCGACUGAAGGCACGGACUCGGAUUUCGCUCAGCGCCAGGAGAAAGAAAAAUGA